UGCCCAUGAGGUCCCUGAUCAUUCACAAAGUGCUGCGCUUUCUUUUGAGAAAAAAGGGGCAAGACGGUACCAAAUGACAAGAAACAUACUGCAAAAAGCAACAGUUCAUCCCGAAAACAAGUGAUCUUGUGGCAGGAAAGUUCGGCGCACAGUAGAUACGCAAAGGAAACCUUUUUCUGUUUUUGGAUAGUCGGUAGUCAAUUGCCAGCGCUGCAAUGCUGCGUGUGGAGUAUGGGUACAACUGCCAGUGCCGCGCCACACCCCCCUGCAGUGCAUGAGGGCGUCCACGGCAACGGCAACGGCAUGGCGGACAGCAGGCAAUCCCUAAGUGUCAGCUCGCUCCAGACGGUCAGCAUCCACAACAACAAGGCAAAGUCCAUCAUCACCAACAAAGUAGCACCGGUGGUCAUCACGUAUAAUUGUAGGCAAGAGUUCCAGAUUCACGAUGACCUUCACAAAACCAAUUACAAAGUGGGCAGAAUUUCUGACACCAUGCCUGAGCACUAUUUGGUGCAGGGGAACUACUUCAUGGUGCAGGACGUGUAUAGCAAGGCAGAUGUUUUGAACACUACAGCGAGUCAUGGAGCUCCCAACUUUCGCCAAGUCAAGGGCAGCUACCCACUCUUUGGCAUGGGACAGCCCAGCCUCAAUGGCUUCAAACAGGUCCUCCAGAGGCUGCAGAGCCAAGGCCACGAGGAGAUCAUUUUCCUCUGCGUGCGCGAAGAACCGGUGGUGUUCCUGCGCCUGGCAGACGAUUUUGUCCCGUACACACCCCGCCGGAAGGAGAACCUCCAUGAAAACCUCCACAGCCUGGACAAGGAGCUGACCGCCGAGGCACUGGAGGUGACCAUCAGGAAGGAGCUGCAUGACUUUGCCAAACUGAAUGAAAAUGUGUUCUACGUCUACAACGACAUCGAGCACUUCAAGGACGAGCCUCAGAAAAUCUCCAUCUCUUGUGACGAGGACAUCCACAUAACGGAGGAGGUCUACAAGAGGCCCAUCUUCACCAUGCCUGCCUACAGGUAUCAGAGAUUGCCCCUGCCAAUGGAAGGAGCUCCCCUCGAAGCAGAAUUUGAUGCCUUUGUGAACAUUCUCAGGGAGACGCCCAGCCUCUCACAGCGACGCGACCCCUCCAAGCCCCUGCCGGCCCUCGUCUUCAGCUGCCAGGUGGGCGUCGGACGCACCAACCUGGGCAUGAUCCUUGGCACACUGGUCCUGAACCACCUUAGCCCCGACUCACCUGCACCUGAGCAGCCAGAGGCCGUCGAGGCUGAGGAAGUGAGACCACUCUUCCGAGCGAUUCAGGCGUUAAUCAGCAGGCUGCCGAGCGGACAGCAGAUCCUGGAGGAGGUGGACCGUGCCAUUCUCCUGUGCUCAGAGAUGCACAACAUCAAAGAGGCCAUUUACGAAAACAAGAAGAAGCUGGAGGGGAUCGGAGAGGAUUACCAGUUUCAGGGAGGCAGCACAAAGGACUACUUCCUUCACCGAGCCCUGCAGAGCCUGGAGCGCUACUUCUACUUGAUCGUUUUCAACGCUUAUCUCCAUGAGCAGUAUCCGCUGGCUUUCGCGUCCAGCUUCAGCCAGUGGAUGUGUGCCCACCCGUGGGUGUACCGGCUGCUGGCACGCAUGAAUCUGUCGGAGCUCUGCACGCCCGCUGACCUGGUUACCAAGGGCACCAGAGUACUGGUGUCUGAGGACUACUUGGCCCCAGAUGUCCUGAGCACAAUGAAGGAGAUGAAAGUGGCCAACUUCAGGCGGGUCCCUAAGAUGCCCAUCUAUGGCAUGGCCCAGCCCACAUCAGAGGUGGGGAUACACAUGGUUGACCACACCGAGUUCAUGGCGCAAACCCACUCACACAUACUCUUAGCACACUUAUCUCUUAUGCCUCUGCUUUGAAAACCCACCAUAAAAAAAACCCAAACCUUUGGACCAUAUCUUCACGGUGCCAUCUGACCCUUGACCUCUGUGACCCCCCCCCCCACACACACACAGAAACAGGAGACGGCGCUGAAGGAAGAGGUGUUGGCGGCACAGAAGUGGCUGGAGGUGACGAUGGAGCAGGAGAAGCAGAUGAAGAUGUUCAAGAGCUGCCUGACGCCACAGGAGGUUUUCAACCAGCACAAGGCCACGCACCAGGGCCUGCAGUACCGCCGAGUACCACUGCACGACUGCUGUGCACCACGGGAAGAGGAUUUUGACCAGCUCCUCGAGGCCAUGAAGAGCAGCCUAGCGGAGGACCCGCGCUCUGCGUUCGUCUUUAACUGCUCCAACGGGAAAGGCAGGACCACCACGGCCAUGGUCACCGCCGUGCUCACGCUCUGGCACUUCAAUGGCUUCCCAGAAUUUGCCGAUGAUGAGAUUGUGAGCGUCCCUGAUGCCAAGUACACAAAGGGGGAGUUUGAGGUGGUGAUGCAGCUGGUGAGGCUACUGCCCGACGGGCACCGCAUGAAGCGGGAGGUGGAUAUGGCGCUGGACGGCGUCAGCGAGACCAUGACGCCCAUGCACUACCACCUGCGUGAGGUCAUCAUCUCCACCUACAGACAGAUCAAGAGUGGCAAACCUGAGAAGGAGAGCCAGCAGCUGCUGUUGCAGAGUCUGCAGUACAUGGAACGCUACAUGUACCUGAUCCUCUUCAACACCUACCUGCACCUGGAGAAGAAGGACUCCUGGCAGCAGUCCUUCAGCCAGUGGAUGCACCAGGUGGCGUCCCGGGCAGGCAUUUACGACCUUCUCAACCGUCUGAGCUUCUCCGAGUUCGAGAACCCAAGGGACUCGCCACUCGCCAGCCUGCGUCGCCGCUGGCAACAGCAGAACGCUCAGUCGCUGCCUUUUCGUGGAGAGUUCAUCUGAGCGAGAAGCUGAGCUUGGGAACUGUCCGAAGAAAAAAAAUGUCUCUCUCCCCUUAAUUUUGCAAAAAGCAGUCUCUCUUUUUUAACAAUGUUGCUUUUUAAGAAGCUGUUCUCUUGUGUUUUAGUUUAUUUCUGUUCACUACUGGUAUGAUUUUUUAAAGAUGUUUAAUAUGAAGGACUGUUUUUAUGUUUCUAUAACCUGCCAUUUUGUGAAGAGCUAUUUAAUUUGCUUACAUGCAUUUAGCCUCUGUCUUAGCUGUUAACAUUUGAUUUAAUACUUUUUCUUUUCAAUGAAACAUCAUUUCAAUGUACAUCCCAUUUCACAAUUCACUGCUGCUACCUAGGAGCAGUUUUGAAGAAGAUGAUAAUUCCAGGUUUUAUAGAAAGAAAAAUGAAUGAAACAAAAUCACUCCAACAGAGUCUGAUAUGACCAUUUUUGGCCCGCACAACAGGAUGUACACCUACACUCUGUACCAUGAUUGAAACCCCAAACGUGUGUGUGGGGAGUCCAAGUGUGGUGAGCUCUGCUUCCGUCCUGGAAUUCCUGUUCCAUCUCGAGCUUUUGUUUAUGAGCAAAUUACAAGACACAAAAAAAGAGAUUGAGGGUUCCAACCUUCAGAGAUUUGGGACUGAUACUUGUGGUCUGCCCUAUUCGGUGUGUCUGAAUGUGUCUCUGAUGAUCGUAGAGCACAUUUGCUUCUGACGAUCGCACAUUACAACAGUGGUUAUGUAUAGCAGCCAUUUAUUUUGUUUCUUUUUUCAAUGUUCAGUUGUUGGCUCCUUUGUACAACAUGCAAUUGUGAAUCGAUAAAUGGAUUAUAUAUGUGGCUGUUUGCAGUACGUACUAAGUGAAUAGAGACGAUGAAGUCAUGCAACAUUGCAGUAGGAUUUGGCUAAAUUAAAGAAAUGGUAAUGACUGUGGUUAUUCUAUAAAACGAUUGCUGUACAGCAUCAUCAUUAGCAUGAACUCUGCCCUUUAAUCCAUGGGAACCCUUCUGCUUUGUGAUUGGUUUAGGUUUUGCUCUCUGGAGGUUGCUCUGGAGAGAUUUCAUGAUGUACAAACUAUGAGUCUAUGUGUAGUUGACCUACGACAGGAGCCCAUAGCGAGAUCAGUAAUUAUGGUAAUUGUCUCCACAUUUAAGAAUCAUGUGCAGGGACUAAUUUCCUCUUCACCUUUGAAUUAUGAACACACACACCACAUCUGUAAUAGCUUGUAAAAAAUCCUUUAAAGUACAGUGCUGACAUUAUUUUAAUGAUUGUCAACAUUAUGUAGUACAUGAGAAAAGCCCAACCUCUCUGCUCUGAGCUCAUCGUUGGACUCCCACCGCUUAAACUCAUAUUAAACCAACACACAAAUUGGAAAACGGGCAACGAAAAAGAACCUCAGACACAAAUACCUUCUGUGUCAGAAAUCCUUUUUCCCAUGGGAGUCUUUCCAGGCCUGCUCUCAAUAAAAUGGGGGGGUAUAUUACACAGCCAUAUGGAGAUGUCUUAAAGGGCUUGCAGAGAUGCUGGUGUUGAUUACUCUCCGUCUUCUGGCCUCAAACAAACCCGUUCUGUGUGAUGUCAUAUCGCGGCCCCUGUCUUGAGAUUCUAGAGGGCAACAUUUGUAUUAUUUUUUUUAUCCUAGAUCCAGAUGCUGUUGAGUGGGCACUGUAUUCUGGAAUAACCCUAGCCAAAUGAAUGGUGAUAUUUACGUGAUGUUUUUGAUCAAGAAAGAACAUGCCCUUGUGGAUAUGCAUUAGUGAUAUAGGUGCCAUUACUUCAUUGUUAAGCAUUUGUUUUGGUCAAAGUACAUUUCUAUUAAGUUUUGUAGGAUCAGUCUCCACAUUUCUGAGAAAAUAUGCUUCAUACAGGCAGUGUAACAAUACAUUUCAUUGAAGUCUUUCAUCUCAGUUGACAUAUUAACAUUUGCAUACUGUCAUCACAUGUAUUAAUUUAAGUCCCGUGGUAACAUUUCCUGUACCUGUAUGUGAUAAAUGUAAAUGUGAGUUAUAACUAUAAAAAUCUGUACAAUGCA